AAUCGCUCUUUCUGAAGAUACACUUGAAGAACCAGAACCCCCAGGCCCUCUUAAUUAAAACGCUCCGAUCGAGUAAAAAUCUUUCAAUGGCUUCCACAGAUAAGCGAGUUCUGAACUUUUCUGCCGGUCCUGCUAAACUACCCGAAGAAGUUUUGAGUCAAGCUCAGAAGGAAUUGCUCAAUUAUGACAACCUUGGAAUUAGUGUGAUGGAAAUGAGCCACAGAUCUGCUCACUUUGCUAAAAUUGUCAACGAAGCUGAAAGUGAUCUCAGGGAACUGCUUAACAUACCAGACAACUACAAGGUCCUUUUUCUUCAAGGAGGUGGCACUGGGCAGUUUUCUGCAGUUCCUCUUAAUUUAACCAAAGAGGGAGCAUCUGCUGAUUAUAUUAUUACUGGGGCUUGGUCAGCUAAAGCCGCAAAAGAAGCAGAAAAAUAUCUCAAAGUAAACCCGGUUUUCAAGAAGUUGGACAAAUAUGACAGAAUUCCCGCUCAGGAAGAAUGGAAUUUAAAUCCAAAUGCUUCAUAUGUCUAUUACUGUGCCAAUGAAACAAUUCAUGGAGUGGAAUUUGACUUUGUCCCAGAGACGAAUGGGGUACCACUUGUAUGUGACAUGUCUUCAAACAUCUUGUCCAGACCUGUUGACAUCAGUAAGUUUGGACUCAUCUAUGGUGGAGCUCAAAAGAAUAUUGGUUGUGCAGGAGUUACUGUUGUUAUUGUGAGAGAAGACCUGAUUGGUUCUCCCCGGCGAGAAUGCCCAGUUGUUUUUGAUUACAAGAUCCAGGCCGGUAUGAAUUCAUUGUACAACACACCUCCAACAUACAGUAUUUAUAUCAUGGGUCUGGUUUUCAAGUGGCUUAAGAGGAUUGGUGGAAUUCAAGAAAUUAACAGAAUAAAUCAAUUGAAAUCAGAUCAUGUGUAUGAGCUCAUUGACGCAUCAAAUGGUUUCUACUGUGGUACGGUGGAGAAGAAGAGCCGCUCCAGAAUGAAUGCUCCUUUCAGAAUUGCUGGUCCAGGAGGAGACCAGGAACUGGAAAAGAAGUUUAUUGAAGAAGCUGCUGCCAAAGGCAUGAUCCAGCUCAAGGGACAUAGGUCUGUUGGAGGCAUAAGGGUAUCUAUGUACAAUGCUGUAAAACUUGACGAUAUAAAAACACUAGUGGACUUCAUGACCGACUUCAGACAACGAAAUGAAAAGCAGUGAUACUUCAAACUAAGUUUUGGACCCUUAGUUAUUGACCUUAUCCAGCAGUGCAUCACGAUAUACCUCAAGCAUCUCUGAAGACUUGCAAACCCUGAAACUAUAAUGAAUCUUAAUUUAUUGAGAGGUAUAUGCAAAUUUAUUAUAGCUUGAAAUCUAAGAAUUUGAAAAUUGUGGUAUUGACCUACUGGUUACAUCUUGAAAUGGGAACUCGCUGUUCGGAUUGAUUCAAUAGAUGAUUUCUCAAGCAGACUGGUGUGACCUCAAGUGAGGCCAAAGCGUUUCAAACUGCUCCUUUGGUGUGGCGAUGCUUGACUGAUUCUUUCACAUAGCUGGAAGAGUUUCCAUGACUAUGUCAUUUUGAAAAUACAAACUUUCUUCCAUCAUAAAACAGUGUUAAGGAGGUAUGGUUUUGGCCAUGGCUGGAGUUCAACUAACGUAACGUCCUCAGUGGAAAAAAAGUGAAUAUUUCUGGCUAAUUCAGGCGGAAUGUGACUUUAUUUUUACAUGUAAUAUGUAAGUAAAAAUGACUCGUUCGGCAUCUAUGAAUACAGUUAAAUAUACAUGAACUAUUACAAUAAGCAGUGAAUUGAAUAAAGGUUUUGAGGGGUGGGUUUUUAAAGG